AUGGCAGAUCCCGCCCCUCUCGAUCCCUCCUCCUCCUCCCGCCCUCCCCUCAUCCGCGGCUCUACCAACCCCCAACCCACCAUGCACGCCUCUCCUCCCCUCCUCGACGCGUCCAACGACCUCUCACUCGCUCGGCCACGGUCUGCACAACCGGGACAGGCAGAGGCGGUGGUCAAGAAGGCGUUGAGUUCGGACGAGUUUGUCAGGAGGACCAAGAGGGGUGAGCAGGAGUUGGGGGACGAGGAGGGGGGUAAGAGGAGGUACGUCAGUGCUGGGGAGGGCGCGGCAAAGAAGGGCGAUGAGAAGGCGGGAGAGUCGGGCCAGGCGCACCAGCAGCAGCAGAGGAUCCCGACUUCGAGGCCGACCAGUCCCGUCACGCACCAUCACGCGCGCUUUCCUCGCUCGGGUCUAAACAGCGCGAACUCGCGCUCGUCUAGCACGGGCACAAGUCAAGCAGGCUCGUCGUCGGGCGCGUCUUCCUCCGCCUCUUCCUCCCGCACUACCAAACCCCGAUCGCGGUCUCGCCUACCCCUCGUCCUCCCUUCUCACGCUUCACACCUCUCCACGCCCUCCUCGACGCCCCUCCCAAGUCCAUCAAGCGACACGCGUCCCCGCUCCUCACUCUUCCUCUCCCUCUCGCUCGGCCCGAUUCCGCCUUGCGUCACUCCGACGGAGGUCGUCGCCUGUGGCGGCGAAGCGGGAGGGAGGGCGCUCGAGGCACAGGUCCAGGAGACGGAUCAUCAGAUGCAGCAUGCGUCGGCGCCGGAGAAGACGUUGCCCAGCCCGCUGGCGAGUCCGAGGAACCGCGUUCCCCUGGCCCUCACACCGACGCUCUCGGAGGACGACCGCGCCGAGCCGAGGCCGCAGCAGAGUCGGCGCCCGUCGUCUCUCGCGCCGAUGUCGACUUCGCGCCCGCUCUCAUCCCUCCAAGCACCCGAAGCGUCUCUCCCUUCGCCCGCCCUGUCCGGCUCGUCGUCGACCAACUCAUUCACCUCGGCCGAUUACACCGGUCUCGCGUGUCCCGUCCCUGUCCGCCCAUCGCGCAUGUCGCUCGCGAUGCAGAAAUCGGCUUCGACGGGCGCUGUUCCGGGUCGACGAAGGGCCUCGGGACGCUCGCCCGCAUCGACGUCGCCUCCUCGCCAUCACGAAGCAGAGGGCGACGAGUCGAAGCGUCCGCCCAUCGCGACGUUUACCUCGUUCGAAGAGGCGUUCGGGUUGAGUGCCCCGCUGAGUCCGCCGCCUUCGCCUCCUCCGCGCGAACCGACUCCGCCGCCGGCUUCCAAGAGCUGGUGGCCUCUCUGA